AUGUCUGGGGUUGUUGAUCUUCCUGUUGAAUUAGAAGUAGAAGGCAAGGAGAAUCAAUUGAAAGCAUUUCUUAAAAAAUUAUCACUCGAAGACAAGUUUAAGAAUUUCCAAUCAAACGGUUUGAGUCAAAUUGAACACCUACAGGAUAUUCAUGAAAAGGAUGUUGACAUGUUAGGUUUGACAGUAUUUGAAUGGAGACGACUUCAACGUGAGAUCACUACUUGGAAAAGUGAAGAAGAAAGUGCGAAAAUUGGUAAUGCCAAAACAAGUGUUGCUGCAUUCAAAACAUCUUCGGCAUGUGCAUAGGCGUACCGGGCGGGGGGCGGUAGCCCCCCCCCCCAGUUUUUUGGGCAGUCGGGCAAUAUUCGAUGAACAGUCGGGCAAAUUUGGUUUGUGAUAAAAAUAAAUGGGACAAAUUCUGUCAAUUGUGUCGAAAAUUCAGUCAAUUUUGUGACCAAUGUAGUGUUUUUUGGAAAAUUUGUGUGGAAAAUCUGCAGUCAUAUCCUUGCCCAACUCUUUGAGUAAUUUCUUUGGGACUCGAGAUGGACAAGGGAACAUAGUCGUCUCUAUUGAAUCCUUAAAGAGAAAGUACAAGGCUCUAUGGUAUGAGAAUCCUGUCAAUCCAACUCAAAUAUUCUCCAACUCAUUUAUUCUACAAAUGGCAGAACAACGGAUGCAAUUUGAGAAGACCCUCCGUAGCUGUGAAUUAUGGUGCAGAAAACAAAGGUCAACACGAAUUUCUUUUUUGCUGGCAUUGGCAAAAACACCUGUGAUUUCAACGUGGAAUCAAUACUACAAGUCGCAAAGUAUUAUGGGAAAGUGUGAAAUAUUAGAAAGACAACACCCUGCAGUAGCAUCAUUUUUGGAAAACAGAGUCAGAGAGGAAUCAUCCAAUGUGCCAUCAAAAGCCAUGUAUGAAAAUAUCUGCCAGUAUGUUGCAAAACUUGAAGAGGUCAGCACCUUUUCAACCAAUACCCUACAGAAGUGA